AUGCCAUCUCUUCAACGUCAUCACAAAGCAAUCUCACUCUGGCAGUUGGAGGCAAAAUUUACAGCGCAGUUGGGUGGCUUGAGUGAAGCAGCGACAGAUAGGCUUCUAGCUAAUGUGUUUUCGGACUCUGACACGCCAAGUCUGAUGCUCGAAGGAAUUAAGGGAAUACAUGGCGCCCUCUCUCCUGCGGGUGGCAUGAAUAAUAUGCUUCGAGUCGCAGCAAUAGCCACGAAAGACAGACUGGAUGAUUUGGCAGCAGCGGCAAGAAAUAACAAUAGCAAUCAUGGAACCAACCUGUGGGAAUGGGUGCGACACGAAUUAACCGUUGUAACAACAGAAAGUGUGUAUGGAGUCGAAAAUCUUUACCGAGACCCAAAUAUUGAAGAAGGAUUCUGGUAUGUCAGCACCAUGCAUUACACCUUAGACAAGACGGAAAUUGACAUAUGUAGGGACUUUUCUGAUAAUUCAAUGAAUUUGUUACUACCAAGUUUCCUGUUAAACAUCAUGGCUUCCAAAGCUAUACGCGGUCGAACUGAAGUUAUGAAUGGAUUCAAACGCUAUUUCUCCAGUGGUGCAUACCUCGAGGGCUCGGUGCUCAUAAAAGCCAGAUACGAAUUGCUGGUUGACAAGACAGACAACACUAACACAGAUGUUGCAAAACAUGAGACGCUUAACGAUAUUGCGGUCCUUUCAAAUACAAUCCCUACAGCAUUCUGGACAAUCUUUCACUUGUUUUCUGAUCCAUAUCUUCUCAAGGAUAUCCGGACGCAAGUAGAGGAAAUAACAACAACUAAAGUAUCGGAUCAGGGAGAGACAAUCCGCCAAAUCAACUUACAAAAGCUAAAUCAACUACCGAUACUUAGCUCGAUGAUAUAUGAGACCUUGAGAUUCCGAUCAACAGGGACCGGACCUCGCCUGGUCAUGGAAGACACAUUUGUCGGUCAAGAUCAAUACCUACUCAGGAAAGAUUCCAUGGUGAUAAUCGCCAACAAAAGACUACACUUUGACAAGAGUGUAUGGGGAGAGACGGCAGAUUCUUUCCGUCCCGAUCGCUUCUGCAAAAACGUUCCUGUACAUGCAUUUCGUGCCUUUGGUGGCGGAGUGAAUACGUGCCCAGGUCGAGGUUUUGUCACGCCUCUAAUUGCGGCAUUCAUAGCCAUGUUGGCGAUGAGGUUUGACAUCAUACCCAAUGGAAAUGAGUGGACUGAACCUGGUCAGGAUCUCAGCAACAUAUCAACGCAGAUAGCCCCGCCAAAGAAGAAAUUUAUGGUAGAUUUAGUACGGAGGGAAGGUACGGAGGGUGUAGCAUGGAGUUUUGAAAUGUAG